GCUCAAACUGCUGUGUUCCUGUUUCUAGAUAGUGUUUUGCUUCUUUGUCUCUUUAAAAGGUCACAGUGAAAGCUUGGCCUGGAUUAUGACAGCCAUAUGGAAUGGAUAAGAACAGAGCCUCUCUUAAAUGUGAUUAAGGGGUUUAUCUGGAGGGAGGAGGAGGAGGGGAAAGGGAAGAAAGGGGAGGGGGCUAACUCCGAAAGUGAGGAAGGCACAGGAGGCUAUUCUUGUCGAAGCAUAGCUUGGAGAACUGAAUUCAAUUCUGGAAAUGUUUACUGUGUUCCGGUCCCAUAGUAGUAGUGGAUUUGGGAAACUAAAUGUUGAAGCUAGUGCUUGCCCUGAAAACCUCUAAGAUGGAGCAAACCUUGUACCCAAAAAGUCAUGUUAUCACCAGACACAAUAGUUCAGUUCAUGAAGCUGUCAAGAGACAGGCCAUGCUGACUUGUUGAUGACUUUUUCAGGAGGGACACUUUGAACUUUAGCCUUAGGGAGUUUAAAUUACUAAAUCCUGUGUUUUAUGUUCAUGUAAUUUUUCAUUUCAACAUCAAUCUUUUUGCAAGACAACCGAGUGAAAAGAUAUGUCAUGGAUUUGUGUUGAAGAAUGACCUAUUCAGUAUUUUAUUUUGUUCAGUACACAUAAAAAGGAAUUGUAAUCUUAUCAUCAUUGUUUGUUGCAUGUUAGCUAAUGUUGAGCAGGUAUGUGAUACGGAUUUAUUGUUGUUUCACCAAAAAUCUAGAAGCAGGUGAGUUUAAAAAUUGUAGGAAGUGAAGGUGAUUUUUUUUUGUUUUCUAUUCAAGGUAUUUGGAGACCAUCUACUAAAUUUCAUGGAGUAAUAGAAAAGUAGUGUCAAACAAAGUGUUCUGGAGAAGCAAUGCCAAACAAAGUCGAUGUUAGUAAUUUAGAUGUGCAGUUUUAGGUUAAACAGCAGUUAAUGUAAUGAAAAAGAAUAAUCUUGAUUAAAAAAAGUGAUUAAAGUAGGCAUAUUUAUUGUUAAUGAGACUCAUAACCAAAAACAGAUGGGACCACAAUCAACGGUAAACCUUUGGUUCUCAGCAUGUCACCCUAGAGUGUAAGGAUAAAUAACCAUUAUAUUCUAAACUUUAUAGUUAUUCAGCUGGCAUUCUUAAGGUUGCUUCUAAACCUACGGAUUAGCACACUUUUUAUGAAAGACAAAGCAGCCAAUGAUUAAACAAGAAACAAAUUAGAAGGGGAAUAUAUAGCGUCUCUAGCAAAAUGAAGAUUUUAAUGGAGCUGAAAAAGUAAUAAAUUUCCUAUAUGCUCAAAAGUGCCUAUUAAUGGGUUAAUACCUUAUAUGGUUGUGCAAUUCCUCACCCCAUAUUUUAAUGUUUAUACCUAACAAUGUAAGUAUUGCAUCACAAAUGACUGGUCACCUGUUCUUAGUGAUCAUGCUGCAUAAGUAAUACAGCAGGCAUUAUAGUUAAAUCGUAGUGAGGAGAAGUGUCAUAUUGCCUAUUACACUUAUGAAGUAAGAAUCCGUUUUGAAUAAAAGUACAGCCAAAUCCUUUAACUCAUUUUCCAAGAAUCAACAGCUUCUCCCUCUGUCUUCAUUCUGUUUCUUCCGGUGAUCUUUAGAGGCGGGACUGAGUAUGGAUCAUUUGAACGAGACAACUCAGGGGAACGAACAUUCAGAAAUGUCUAACAAUGUAAGUGAUCCGAAGGGUCCACCAGCCAAAAUAGCCCGCUUGGAGCAGAAUGGGAGCCCAUUAGGAAGAGGAAGACUUGGAAGUACAGGAACUAAAAUGCAAGGAGUACCUUUAAAACACUCUGGACACCUGAUGAAAACACAUGCUAGAAAAGGAACCAUGCUUCCAGUUUUCUGUGUAGUGGAACAUUAUGAAAACUCCAUUGAGUAUGAUUGCAAGGAAGAACAUGCAGAAUUUGUUUUGGUAAGGAAGGACAUGCUAUUCAACCAGCUGAUUGAAAUGGCAUUGCUAUCACUUGGAUACUCUCAUAGCUCUGCUGCCCAAGCAAAAGGACUUAUCCAAGUUGGGAAAUGGAACCCAGUUCCGCUCUCCUAUGUAACAGAUGCUCCUGAUGCUACAGUAGCUGACAUGCUGCAGGAUGUUUACCAUGUGGUCACACUGAAAAUUCAGUUGCACAGUUGCCCUAAUCUAGAAGACUUGCCUCCUGAACAAUGGUCUCACACAACAGUAAGGAAUGCUCUGAAGGACUUACUGAAGGAUAUGAACCAGAGUUCAUUGGCCAAGGAAUGUCCCCUUUCACAGUGGGCCCUUGGGAUCUGCUGUGGUUUGGUUCCAGAAUCCCCCAGUAUGAUUUCUUCCAUUGUGAACAGCACUUACUAUGCAAAUGUCUCAGCAGCAAAAUGUCAGGAAUUCGGGAGGUGGUAUAAACAUUUCAAGAAGGCAAAAGAUAUGAUGGUUGAAAUGGAUAGCCUUUCUGAAUUAUCACAACAAGGUGCCAACCACGUCAACUUUGGUCACCAACCAGUCCCAGGGAACACAGCUGAGCAGCCACCAUCCCCUGUUCAGCUUUCUCAUAGCAGCCAACCAUCUGUUCGGACCCCACUUCCAAACCUGCACCCUGGACUUGUAUCUACUCCCAUUAGUCCUCAGUUGGUAAAUCAGCAGCUGGUAAUGGCUCAGUUGCUAAACCAGCAGUAUGCAGUGAACAGACUUCUAGCCCAACAAUCCUUAAAUCAACAGUACUUGAACCAUCCUCCUCCUGUCAGCAGAUCCAUAAACAAGCCGUUGGAGCAGCAGGUCUCAACUAACACAGAGGUGUCUUCCGAAAUCUACCAGUGGGUGCGUGAUGAAUUGAAACGAGCAGGAAUCUCGCAGGCAGUUUUUGCACGUGUGGCAUUUAACAGAACUCAGGGCUUGCUCUCAGAAAUCCUGCGAAAGGAAGAAGACCCCAAGACUGCUUCACAGUCUCUCCUAGUAAACCUUCGGGCUAUGCAGAAUUUCUUGCAGCUGCCAGAAGCAGAAAGAGAUAGAAUAUACCAGGACGAAAGGGAAAGGAGCUUGAACGCCGCUUCUGCUAUGGGCCCCACGCCUCUUAUAAGCACACCACCUAUCCGACCUACACAACAAGAAAAGAGCCAAUGUAUGAGUUACAUAGGGACUCAAGAGAAAACAGGAGUUUCCAUGAAGCUGCACAUGCUUUUACAAGUAAAAACAGCAACUAUUGCAACAGAAAGGAAUGGCAAACCAGAAAACAAUACAAUGAACAUUAAUGCUUCCAUUUACGAUGAGAUCCAGCAGGAAAUGAAGAGAGCUAAAGUGUCUCAAGCAUUAUUUGCCAAGGUCGCAGCUACUAAAAGCCAGGGAUGGCUCUGUGAACUCUUGCGCUGGAAAGAAGAUCCUUCCCCUGAGAACAGGACCCUGUGGGAGAAUCUGUCGAUGAUCCGGAGAUUCCUCAGUCUUCCUCAACCCGAACGAGAUGCCAUUUACGAACAAGAAAGCAAUGCAGUUCAUCACCAUGGUGACAGGCCUUCCCACAUUAUCCAUGUUCCAACAGAACAGAUUCAGAGCUCCUCUCCCACCAACCUUGGGAAAGGAGAACAUAGAGGCGCUUUCUUACCUGGCCUGCUGACCACUGGACCUUGGCUGGGCGCUGCUCCCCAGCAGCAGCAACAGCAGCAGCAGCAGCAGCAACAACAACAACAGCCACAGCCUCCACCAGGUCCAAGGUUACCUCCAAGGCAGCCAACAGUAGCAUCACCAGCUGAAUCAGAGGAUGAAAAUCGUCAGAAGACCCGUCCAAGAACAAAAAUUUCAGUAGAAGCCCUGGGCAUUCUCCAGAGCUUUAUUCAAGAUGUAGGCUUAUACCCCGAUGAAGAAGCAAUCCAGACUCUUUCAGCUCAACUUGACCUACCCAAGUACACCAUUAUCAAGUUCUUUCAGAACCAGCGAUACUAUGUCAAGCAUCAUGGAAAGCUGAAAGAUAACUCAGGCUUGGAAGUGGAUGUUGCAGAAUAUAAGGAAGAAGAGUUGCUUAAAGAUUUGGAAGAGAAUGUCCAAGACAAAAGUACGAACACACUUUUUUCAGUUAAAUUGGAAGAAGAAUUAUCAGUAGAAGGGAACACUGACAUUAAUACUGAAUUGAAAGACUAAUUGAAAAAGUAUUUAUUCAAUGGUGUCACUGCUAUUUACUAACGAAAUGAAAAUUCCAUCCUGUGUUCUGUCAGCAACCUCUUUAUUCAUUGUUUGGCCAAUGAAUCUUCCAAAACUUGCACAAAAGUUGAGAAAAUUAAAGGAUAAUACAGACUGCACUAGAUAAUUUACAAACUGCUUCAGAGCUACAGACGAAGCAUCGAGGAUUGUUUCAUAUUAAUUUGUGUUCACUGGGUACACCAAUCGGUAUCCAAUAAGCAUGAUUAUCUGUGGGUUGUUUUUUAUUAAUUAUUAUUAUAGAGCUUUCAGACAAGCAUUACUUCUGUGAUUUAUUGUUUGUUUCUGUUUCUUUUCCCAGUUAUUACUGUUAACACUCCACACUUGAUCUUUGAAAGCUCGCAUUUAUUUAAAUAAGAGAAAAAAAGGAGAGUUUGUUACUCUUGCUCUAUUGUAUGUUACAAAAGAACUAUAGACUGUGAGAUGCAGUUUAAAGUUAACAUAUGCCAACAAAUGCCUUGUAUUAUAUGGCACUGCCGUAACUCAGAUUUGUUUUCUUUUCAGAAAUAAGAGGUCACUGUAUCUUUUUCAUUCUCAUUGUUACAUGAAUUUUUUUAAACAAAAUGUGAAACACAGUUUAUCCCCAUUAUUUAUUUGUAGAUCUCACGUCAUCAUGUUGUAAUUAAUUUUUAGACGUUUCUGUUAAAUGUAAUAUUGCUUCUCUUGUUAUCAUACUGAUUUUUUUCUAUUUAUAAAUGUAUUUUGAUGGGCAGUAAAACAAAGUGUCUUAAAAGUUUUAAAUAGAGAAAAUGUGCUUUACACAGUUGCCUAUAAAAAGUGCUCUAUGUUAUCCAAGCAAUUCAUACUAUAAGCUUCACUCUUAUUGUUGUAUGCAAUUUUUACUAUCAUGCAAAUAAGCUUAGGUAAAUAAAACUAAUAGAUCACCUUAGAAACUUAUGCAAUUAAUGUGAAAAUAAUUGAUGUUUGCAAUGUGUCUUCCUUUGGUUUACAAUCAAUUUUAAAGCUACAGCUGUAUAAAUCUUUCUGUAUAAAGGUGUAUUUCUUUUUUAUGAGUUUAUUGCUAUGAAAACACCAGUUAUUUUGUUACAGCUGGCUGUUUUUAUAAGUGUAUCACAAUUUUCUUUAUGCAGAAAUGUUCUGACUAGGAGUGGUUAUUGACUGUAACUACACAAUUAAAAUUGUUUGUAUGGUA